GGGACAAAUAAUAUUUACUUGCAGGUAGCAUAUAUUUUUCAGUGUGUGGGGAGGGGAUUUCCGGGAAGCGAGGUGCUUUUUCGCGCCUCUUGUCGAUCGCAACUGCGCACGUGUGACGUGACGCCGAUCUCACCGCGAGGCGUCGCGCGGCAGUUUUCACGAGGCACGCAGGCGGACGUAUCGGGUGCGCGGCGCACCGUGGAACGGGGGCUAGCACCAAGUGCGACGAAGCGGAGCGGAGCGGAGCCAAGCUGAGCGGAGCGGAGUGGGAGUCCAGUGUCAGAGUGUCCGGCCCUGACGCGAGACGCGUCGAUCGAUCCACGCCGUGGCGUUUCGUACGUGGUAUACGCCGCGCGAUUUCACGAUGUAGCGCUCAGCGGCGUGAUCCCCGGGUUAGGCCAGAAAGGUAUCACCAUGAACGCCAGGACGCAGCUGUUCGAGUUGAGUAUGGAGGGACGUCAGGUGGACGAGGCAGUGGCGAGUAUCUUCCACAGCGUGCUAUUCCAUCGGAGCCUCGGCAAGUUCAAGUACAAACAGGAGGGCAGCUACUCGGUGGGCACUGUGGGAUACCAGGACGUGGACUGCGACUUCAUUGACUUCACUUACGUCUGCUGCUCGUCGGUGCACCUCGACCAGACGCUGAAGCGCGAGAUAUCGGGCUUCUCGGAGGCGCUGCGCUCCACCGACAGCCCGGGCUCCGGCCAGAUAUCCCUAGAAUUCUUCCAGAGGAAAAAGAGCCGCUGGCCGUUUCAACCGGAGUGUAUACCGUGGGAAGUGUGGACCGUGCGUCUCGAACUUAUCAAAUUAGCCACCGAGCACGAACGGCAGAUAUGUCGGGAGAAGGUGGGUGAUCUACUGACCGAGAAGAUCCUGUAUAUCACCGAGGUAAUGAAUCGGCACGAUUACAUCCCGAAAGUGCCGAGCCAGGCCGAGCUGGAUCUGAUCUUCGACACCUCGUAUCCGGACAUACAACCGUAUCUCUUCAAACUGUCCUUCACGACCUCCAGCCCGUCGACCACCACGAUGGGCAACACCAUGAAGAAACUGAUCAGAGAGACGCUAUCCAUUUAGUCGUUAUAAUGUAUAGUGUAAACUUUUCACGUUAGCGCAUCCGCAUAGCUUGCUAGAGCUCAUCGAAACGCAAAUCUCACGCUCCUCCGUUUUCUUUUUCAUCCCCACGAUGCACACAAGGUUUUGCAUUGCACCGAGCGACUUUCAGAUUUUCGUAUCCACAGUGACUCUAACCUGCCACCGUAUGCGUUAAUUAUGAGUUCCGAAGAAAAGCUACUAAAUUUUUGCGUUUUAAACUAAGCAGAAUGGUCCCGAGUCUUCGACCACUCGUUCCCGGCGGAGACUACCGAGAGUACUCGGCGGGUACUUUGCUUACCGUGGUAGACGCUCCGCCGGAUUUUGUAAACUCCGUAACAGUAGUGUCUCUUAUAUUACGAAAAUAUUACUUGUUAUACAUCGCAGGGACUUCCGCUGCUCUAUGUCUCUAACGUCUCUAUAUAGUACAAAUGAACACGACACUGUGACACUUGCUUCUUUUGUACUUUACUAUAAACGUCCGUCGCAUAAUUUUAGCAGGAUCACGUUAGUCACGUUUUUAUACGAUAUUUUAACCUCUAACUCUCACCACUUAAAUCGCCACGGGCUGUGGCGGAACGACAUUAUGUUCCUCUAUCGCUUCUCAUCCUCUUCGAAUGCUGUGUAUAUCGUAGUAAUAGGCUCGAGGGUAAUUUCCUUUAGUAGAUGAAGAAUCUUCGCGCGUCAUACGGGCGAGAUAAUUUGAUUUAGAGUAAGAAUACGGACAUUUUUCGAGUCUCUCGUUGAAGAGCAGGAUGUCUUCAGAUCCUUUAAUGUCUAGUAGUCUUUUGAGAAUACAGAGUCUUUAAGGUACUCGUAACUUUCUCCUUGAUAAACUCCUCCGACUACACGGCUGUAUUCGGCGCUACUGUACACUCUGUUUUUCAGUCACUAACAUUGAAAGUACAUAUAGUUAUCCCAAACUCUGACGAUCACGGAGCGCUUGGAUUUUUACGCAUACGCACAUACAUAUAUAUUUAUACAUACGUAUAUUAUAUGUGUGUAUGUGUGUUAUGUAUGUGUGUAUGAGUGUGUGCACGCGCGUUUGCAUACAAAGCUGCUAUUAUUUUCAUCGUAAAUGUAACGCUGAAUAUCCGAUCGAGUCCAAUACUGGAUUUAGUAAUACGGACAUUGCGUAGCACGACCGGGGUGGUAUUCAGUGUUAGAUGCGCGGAAGAGCAGAGUGUUUAUUAUAAUUACGGUGUAUGCAUGGAAGCGAUUGUUAUUUAUUUUCACGAGUGAUGAUACGUAACGCCGUUAAAAGCGUCACGUGUAUGCAGUUUAGUAAAUACAAUUUUAUUUACACAUCGUUCUUCUUUUCCCCGUUGAUCUUAAGUUAUAACAAUCAAAUUGUAUAAAAUAAGUUGAUAAUCAUUAAGCCGACGCGACGCCCGCGUUAUCGAAGCGCACCGGGCGAUACGAAAGGGCCGCACGAAAACUCGCUGUCACGAUUACAUUUUCCCAGACGUUUCGUGCCUUCGUAUCGAAUUUUUGAUAGGGAAAUUAUAAAUGUGUGCUAGGAGACUAACAUACCAGACGAUAGUGUCACUAUUAUUAUUUAUUGAGCUCGAAGCAUCUCUCUUUCAUGUAAAAGUGGAAUAGUCUCUCUGUCUCUCCCUCGCUCGCGCAGAGGACAAAUCUGUGAUCCUUCUCGGAUUCGAGUAGGUUUUGUUCUAUCCCCUCAUAUAAGCGACGACUGGGUGUGUGUGGGUGUGUAUGGAUGCGUGCGCGCGCGUGUGUGUGUGUGUGUGUGCCGUUAACGUCGUGUCGUUUUAGGAUUUUCAAGCUGACAGAAGGCGUAACGGCGGAUGUUCGGAACGACUCGGCCGACGGCGACCCGUGCGCGCGAUUAUACCUAUUAUAUUAUACAGUGUGUAAAUAGCGUCUGAGGAAUAUAUUGCCGUAAAUCAAAUCACGUCGUGCCGCGAGGGUCUCCGCGCGUUCCGAGAUCCGCUCCCUUGGCCUUACCUACGACCAAUCAACAAAGAUAUCACGACGCAUUAGUAGUGCACAUACCUUAACGAAUUAACCCUAGACGAGAAGCGUAACGUUAAUUUAAACGAUUAAUCAUAUAUCGUCCCUAUCGCUUUUCCUUUUUGUCGCCGAUGUUCUCCAGGUAGUUUAAUAUGCAAUUGCGACUUAUUAUUAGCUGAAUGUUUCCGCGUACUCGGGUGUACGUCGAUUGGGUGUAUCCUACUGGAGUGAGUCUUUUUUUUUUCUCAUGUGUCGAAAGGAAGGAAAGGAAAUCACGGUGGUCGUCGGACAGUCCGCCGCUCUCUCUCUGCGAUUCCGUGUAGAAAAUCGACCGCAGUCUCUUUCCCUCGCGCUAUCUGGCUUUUACUUUUUACAAUUAUAUGACGUGAACGAUAUAUUGUAAAUGGUAAAAAGGAGUCGCGGUGCGAAGCCGCGAUACGAUAUUAUGAAAAAGAGAGGCGCGCAUACGCGCGCAUAUAUAAAUAUAUAAAUAUGAUAUAUAUAGAAAGAACAAAGAGAGGGAGAGAAAGAAGGAGCGAAAGAGCGAGCGAUUGGCCACGUGUGCAUGUGUAACUAGAGUUCUGCGAGUUUGUCCAAUUGCCACAUGCUGUUAUAAAUAAAUAAAAUUAUAAAUAUAUAUAAAUUAUAUAAAUAUAUAUAUAUAAAUAGCAAAAUAGAUAAAACCGAGACCUGUAUAUUGUAAGCUGCGAGACAAAUGUGACAAAAUGUGUAGUAUGUAUAGCGAGGAAGAUGAAAUAUCUGCAAGUUUUAAUUUAUCAUGAUGAGUACGCUGACGAUAAAUGAUUAAUUAUUAAUAAAUUACUGUAUUUUAUAAUUAUGCU